AUGGCUGGUUAUGAUGAUACAAUUGCUGUGAUGGGAGAAUGGUUAGACUGUAGUCCUAACCACAAGAAGAGAUCGAAAGCAGAACUUGACAGAGAGGUUUCUUUACACGACAUCAAGAAAGAGGAUUCUCGGCAAACCAGCUUUCAAGAGAAACCAAGUUAUUCACGAGGUGGUCUUAGUGAAAGGAUUGCUGCAAGAGCCGGGUUUAACAUACCAAGGUUAAAAACUGAGAAUAUUCUUCAGUCUCCUCCAUGUUUAACCAUCUCUUCUCCUGGUCUUAGUCCGACAACUCUGCUUGAGUCUCCUGUUUUCCUCUCAAACCAUUUGAUAUCUCCAACAACCGGAAAGCUCUCAUCACUACCUUGUGAUGAAACUAAAGACGAGAUCUUUGACGACAUUGCCACUUCCUUAACCUUCCAAUCCAUUUCAAUAAAGAGCCUUGAUGAUUCUAUGAACAUCGGCGUAGAAACUGAUGAUUCAGUAAGGAGCCUUGAUGAUUCUAUGAACAUCGGCUUAGAAGCUGAUGAUUCUUCCCAAGAAUAUGAGCAAAGACAGCUAACCACCGGUUUAGGAGACUCUAUGUCUAGUGGUGCACCAGCAGAUGAUGGAUACAACUGGAGAAAAUACGGACAGAAGCUAGUCAAAGGAAGCGAGUAUCCGCGUAGCUACUACAAGUGCACGCACCCGACUUGUGAGGUCAAGAAGAAGGUGGAACGGUCCAGAGAAGGUCAUAUCACAGAGAUCAUAUACGCAAGAGCACAUAAUCAUCCCAAACCUCAACCUAACCGCCGCUCAGGGAUUGGAUCAUCCGGUACAGGCCUUGACACGCAAGUAGAUGGAACUGAACAAGAAGGGUUUGGUGGUAACAAUGAGAACGUGGAAUGGACAUCACCUGUAUCUGCAGAGCUCGAAUAUGGAAGCAACUCUGGAUCAAUGCAGGUUCAAAGCGGGGCUCAGUGUUGGUAUGGUGAUGCAUCAGCAGCUGAUGUCUUCUCUAGAGAUGAAGAUCAUGAAGAAGAUCGGACUUACCACAUGAGUGUUACGCAGGGUUACAACGGAGAAGUAGAUGAAUCCGAGUCAAAGAGAAGGAAACUUGAAGCAUAUCCAACGGAAAUGAGUGGAUCAAUCCGAGCCACACGUGAGCCUAAAGUAGUGGUGCAGACCAAAAGUGACAUUGACAUACUCGAAGAUGGUUAUCGCUGGCGCAAGUAUGGGCAAAAAGUCGUCAAAGGAAACCCAAAUCCAAGGAGUUACUAUAAAUGCACAGCUAGUGGAUGCAUCGUAACAAAGCAUGUGGAGAGAGCUUCUGAUGACCUCACGUCCGUGUUAACCACUUACAUAGGCAAGCACACUCAUGAAGUACCAGCAGCGCGCAACAGCAGCAAUGUCAGUUCAGGCGGCUCAGGGAUCCUCCAAGGAAGUUUAGCUGCUCAGACCAACAACCACCGUGUGCACUAUCCAGCGCCGCCACACAGUAGAUCUGAGGGACUGGUCACAGCCAACUCAUCACUGUUCGACUUCCAGUCACACCUGAGGCCUCCUUCGGGUUACUCGGUUUACCAAACUGAGUUUUCGGAUCUUUCGAUGGAUAUGGGGCAAGAGGAGCUUCACGGCCUGCAAGUGCCUGCCGUUGGAGAUCAAGCCGGACUGAUAUACCAGUUAGCAGGAGAGCCGAAGGUUGAGCCAGUGUCACAACAGGGACUAGGAUUGUCGAGUAGCGCACUGAUUUACAGAGAUAUAAUGAGUAGAUUACCACAGAUAUGA